AUGGCGCCGUCGGAGGAGUCGAUCCUCAGUAACUUUCUCUUGUCUCCCGCGUCAUUGCCAACCAUCAUAUCUCUGCAGAAAUUCACUGAGCUGUUUCCGAAACGUCUUCAGUCUCAUCCCCAGAUCAAAGUUCUGUACCGAGAACUACAAGAAUUGCGCUCCCAGGACAUGGACCUGGUCAGCGAAAACAUCAGCAAAGAAGUCCGAAGAGGCGCAAAGCAAAAGGCGGAUCUGCUGAAAGCGCUGAAAGCCUCGGGAAUUGACGCGAUGAAUGACAGCGAACAUCGCGAGAUUGAUCUGGAUCUCCAACUCUUCGGCCAGGGGUCCAACAAGCCAGCUGAGGCCUUUCACACAUUCCCCAGCCUUUUAUCCGAGAUGGAGAGAGCAUGUGCAACCUUGGAGCGUGAGAUCUCGACUGCGGAAAAGGAAGCAGCGGCAACGCUGGAAGAGCUACAAAAGAUUGUUGGCGACAUGAGCGAUCUACGCUAUGGCAAACUCAACAAACCCGGGGUCACAGCAGAAGAGUUUGUGAACGAGACUAUCCGAGGAUUGAGGAGCCUCGAAGACGCCUGCGACCGUGCAGACACGUCAUGA